AUGGAUCAAUCCAACGAAACUCAUCUGGCCACCGAUGGCGGAAAUGAUACCCAAUCAGCCAUAUCAGUCAUACAAGACUUGAACCACCGAGCCCUGGUCCUGAUCGAGGAACUGGAGACUUUCCGGCAACAUCUACGCCACAUCCGACAAGAAGGAUCAGUGGAAGUCGCACACUUCCGAUCGACCGUUCAGUCCGAAGUUGGCAUGCUGGAGAGACUCCUCAAGAAGCCGGACAAUGCAUCAACGACCCAUAUCGCCCGAUCAUCGAACCUGCCUUUCCUCGAGACCGUCUGGGCCACGGCGAAAAAGUCGAAGAAAGUUACGGCUUUGCAGAAACGGAUCUACUACAAUUCCAAAUCGAAGUCUUUGUCUCAGGCCAUGCAUCAUGUCGGUUUGGUGUCGAAGGUCAAGAACUCGUCUGAUCGCAAGAAUGCAGCUGUUACGGUUGACGCUAUCACCAAUGAUGGUUUGACGUGGAUCAAAGUGUCCCUCGUCACCAACACAAGACUUCUCUUCGAUCUGGCAAAGCAAGGCUGGCAGUCCGAGGGCUCAGAAGAUGAGGAUGCGGAUGUUGUCUUUGGUGAUGACGAUGGGUCGGAUGUUCCUAUUGUCAAGAAUGCUAAAGACCUCUGCCAAGCGGCUCAGUCCUAUCGCGCGAAGACCAGGAUCCCUGCUGUGCAUCUCAUACUACCUAGAGUCCAGCCAGGGGAGACGGAUGAGAUCGAUGCUAUUCUGGACGACUGCAGAGCAGCUGGUGCGGUCGUCUUUUGCGGCGAAGACCUGCAGAGCACUCCCUCACUGCAAGAAGCCUUGCCGACUAUGGCACCAGACCCGUUCUCACUAUUCUCGGAUACACUCAACAUCGAUUGCACAAUACUUUUGGCUUUGGUGUCAGAGUUCUCGCAUGCCAAAGUGUCAAAAGAACCCUGGUUCCACAAGUCCUUGCAGCGACAAGUAGAGAUUGAGGGCAACGAGAAUCUGCUACCUGCCCUUCUGUAUCCAGCUAUGGGCGAGCAUAAGUUGGUAUGUACUAAGGAGGCCGCAAAACGCAUGCGUGAGAUCGUGGACACAAUUGGCACACCAUCCGAGACGGCACGCACGGCGAUCAUGAUGGGCGAUGAUGAGUCCAAGUCACAGCAAGGGCUGAUCGAAGAGAUGCAACAUUGGUCUGCCUACGAAGUUCCGGGGUACUGGCAGCUGCCCAUUCGAGUCGUCGACGAAAAUGAAGGCGGCUGUCUAUCCAACCUCCCAGAGGAGUCUAAUUCAGUCAGCACGAAUAUGACCGCCAUCAACCGCUCAGUUUUCCUCUACGGCUGGGGAACAGGCAACACUACCAUUACCAGCAAUCGAACAGUCGUGAAACAACUCGAAAGCGACUUGGAGAAGUACGAAGACCUGGACGAGACCGUGUGGCCAAGCAUCUGGCUGUGUCCAACCGCUCGCUCGCUGGUGGGCAAAGAGAAGAGAGGUGUCAAAAAGGAGGAGAGAAAAGAAGGUGCGUGGCCGCUGCCAGAUCCGCUGCGUAGAGAGGAGCAGAGAAGGAAUGGUCUUGAUGUGCUUUCUUCGAGAGAAGGACAUGAGGUGGAGGAUUUGAGGCCGAAUGGAUACCCUUGCAACGAGGUGCUGGAGGCGAAGAAGGCGGCGAGAAGACUUGUUGAGAAUGGAAGUGCUGUGCCGGGGGAGGAGGAGGGCUGA